AUGCUGUUCCACAGUCUGUCGGGCCCCGAGGUGCACGGGGUCAUCGACGAGAUGGACCGCAGGGCCAAGAGCGAGGCUCCCGCCAUCAGCUCCGCCAUCGACCGCGGCGACACGGAGACGACUAUGCCGUCCAUCAGCAGUGACCGCGCGGCGCUGUGCGCCGGCUGCGGGGGCAAGAUCUCCGACCGCUACUACCUGCUGGCGGUGGACAAGCAGUGGCACAUGCGCUGCCUCAAGUGCUGCGAGUGCAAGCUCAACCUGGAGUCGGAGCUCACCUGUUUCAGCAAGGAUGGCAGCAUCUACUGCAAGGAAGACUACUACAGGAGGUUCUCUGUGCAGCGUUGUGCCCGCUGCCACCUGGGCAUCUCGGCCUCAGAGAUGGUGAUGCGUGCUCGGGACUUGGUCUAUCACCUCAACUGCUUCACGUGCACCACGUGUAACAAGAUGCUGACUACGGGCGACCACUUCGGCAUGAAGGACAGCCUGGUCUACUGCCGCUUGCACUUCGAGGCGCUGCUGCAGGGCGAGUACCCCGCGCAUUUCAACCACGCCGACGUGGCGGCGGCGGCUGCUGCAGCCGCUGCGGCCAAGAGCGCGGGGCUGGGCGGAGCGGGCGCCAACCCUCUGGGUCUUCCCUACUACAAUGGCGUGGGCACUGUGCAGAAGGGGCGGCCGAGGAAGCGCAAGAGCCCCGGCCCGGGCGCGGAUCUGGCGGCCUACAACGCUGCGUUAAGCUGCAACGAGAAUGAUGCAGAGCACCUGGACCGCGACCAGCCGUACCCCAGCAGCCAGAAGACGAAGCGCAUGCGCACCUCCUUCAAGCACCACCAGCUUCGGACCAUGAAGUCUUAUUUUGCCAUUAACCACAAUCCCGACGCCAAGGACUUGAAGCAGCUCGCGCAAAAGACGGGCCUCACGAAGCGGGUCCUCCAGGUCUGGUUUCAGAAUGCCAGGGCCAAGUUCAGGCGCAACCUCUUACGGCAGGAAAACACGGGCGUGGACAAGUCGGCCGACGCGGCGCUGCAGACGGGGACGCCUUCGGGGCCGGCCUCGGAGCUGUCCAACGCCUCGCUCAGCCCCUCCAGCACGCCCACGACCCUCACAGACUUGACCAGCCCCACCCUGCCAACUGUGACGUCCGUCUUAACUUCUGUGCCUGGCAACCUGGAGGGCCACGAGCCUCACAGCCCCUCACAAACGACUCUUACCAACCUUUUCUAA